AUGUUGGCUCUGGCAGGCUUCCUCUACGCAAUGCAGGUGGUGGAUGAAUCGACUUUCACGCGUCUGGGUGAGUUGGACAUCGAUGAUCCGCUGGACAUGAAGCUGGAUGGCCUGGGCGCAUUCGAGCCGUGCACCCCUUGCAGCGUCGGGGCAUGGCUGUCGUCGACAGCCGUUGCUCCGGCAGAGGGACACAAGGCUCUCUGUGGCGUGAUGGAUCUGGAACACACGUGGAACUGGACGACUGCCGUGAACGCAUUUCUUUGUCCUGCUCAGGCAAACUGCCCGGAUGAAGCAAAGGCUGACUGGCAGUCUGGGUGGAUCUGCGCUGGCCCUUGCCUUGUGUACUGGCACAAGCCAGCGCAAUCGCCAAUCUUGCUAUUGAAGCCUUCGAAAACUUUUCCAUGGGACCUGAGGGAUGCCUGCGUAAGGCCAUCUUACAUCCAGCGGUCGCCUGGUGCUUUUCACAGUAUGCGCGGCAGACGCAGUGCCUGCCUGCAGGUCGGGAUGGACCAUUGUCGGGGAAAGCACCGGCUCGGCGUGCAUCUGCCCAUACUGCGCUGCGCAGCGCGCAUGUUGCUCUUGCUGAUGAAGACUUAUGGCGAUUUAUGGCGAUCCAGGCGGGAUCUGAGAUGA